UGUGUUGCUCAUAUAAAUGACAACAGCGGCACUGGGCUAGCAUGUGGAGCGAAUACCUGUUAGAGAAGUAGCUCAUCUACAUUCACAUUCAAAGCAGUCGGUUUGCCGAGUACCCGAAUCGUUUGUUGUGUGUAAGCUAAGAGAAAGCACUCUGGCAGGUACAAGCAGCAGCAUGUCGGUCGACAGCGUGUUUAGGACCCGCUCUCUCGGAGUGGCCGCCGAGGGUCUUCCAGAUCAGUAUGCCGACGGCAAAGCAGCGAAAGUCUGGGAGCUGUACAUCGGAGACACGCAGAGUAGGACGCAGGAGUACAAAAGCUGGGUGGUCUCUUUGCUGAAAAGUCAAGGGGUGCAGAAAGUGCUGGAUGUAGCCUGCGGAACAGGAGUUGACUCCAUUAUGUUGGUGGAGGAGGGGUUUAACAUGGUGAGCGUGGAUGCCAGCGACAAAAUGCUGAAGUAUGCGCUGAAGUCAAGAUGGGAGAGGAGAAAAGAACCGGCUUUCGACCAGUGGGUGAUCGAAGAGGCCAACUGGUUGACGUUACCAGAGGAUAUUCAGAGUCCAGGACCUGGCUUUGAUGCUGUUAUCUGCCUUGGCAACUCAUUCGCCCACCUGCCAGAUUUUAAAGGGGACCAGAGUGACCAAAAGUUGGCCCUUCAAAACAUUGCCAGCAUGGUCAGACCAGGUGGGAUCCUCAUCAUUGACCACCGUAAUUACGACUACAUCCUGGAGACCGGCCGGGCACCACAAGGCAAAAAUAUCUACUAUAAGAGUGAUCUAACUCAGGACAUCACCACCUCAGUACUGUGGGUGAACAGUAAGCCACACAUGAUCACUCUGGACUACACCAUCCAUGUGCCCAAGGCUGCCCUCCACAAUCUUCCUGAAGUCAGUAAAUUCCGUCUGUCCUACUACCCUCAUCGCCUGGAGAGCUUCAAAGCGUUGCUGAACGAGGCCUUCAAUGGCAAAAUGGAGCACAGCGUCUACGGAGAUUUCAAGACGUACGUCCCUGGACAGACCCAGGCCCCAUGCUACUUCAUCCAUGUCUGUAAAAAGACAGCCUAAGAGCCACACACACACACAUACACACUGUUAGGUACUUAACAGCUCUUAUGGUCCUCCAGAUUUUGGCAAAAUUAUGUUUGAAUAUGUUUCAUCUUCUAUAGAAGAAGUGAGCCAUUUUUAGUAAUGCUUUAAAUAUUUUGGCAGAUUGACUCUUUGGUUACUUUACCAAGUGAUGAGCACAUGUGCAACGAAAUCAUCCUGACAGUCUGUGUGUGUUAGCACAUGAGCUCACAGCGGGGUGACAGAGCCAGUAGGUAGUGGCAUCUGCUUCAUGAUGUAUGCUAAAAUGUUCAAGCCUCUUUGACUUCAUUAGGAACAAGUGGUUGAUUCUGAUCUCUCCCGUAAACUCCCAAAUAGUAACUGGUCUAAAAAGGUAUUUUAGAUGUGUCGGACCACUGUUUUGCCCACAUCUGGUAUAUGGUGUUUUCCUCAUUUCUGUUUCCUCGCUGAACUUUAAUGUCCACAAUGAACAUAUAUCGAAAUGGUGCUCUACAUUAGUGAAAUUAGAUUUGCCGUUAAUCACCAGUGAUAUACAAAGUGCUAAGAUAUAUUCUUGGACAAGUUUAUUUUGUACGUUUACCACAAGAGUCUUAAAUAGUGUUAUGUGAAUUUUAUUUGUAUUUUUGAGCUAGAAAAGUAAAGUCGUUGUUGCCUUCUACCUUUCUUUAAGUUCAGGCAGAUCUUUGACAGGCACAGGCAGAUAGAAUGAUUUUAUGAGCCUUUAAUUUUUGACUGUCCUCCAAACUCAGUUUAGUUUUGCCCAGCUGUAGUCACUUAAAUAAGAGAGAACAGCUAGUGAAGACUCACCCUGAUGCCUUUAAAGGCCUGGGUGACUGAUUUGGUGUAUUUCACUAACUGUCAGUCCAGUCAAGGUUUCUGACCCUCAAGUGCCCUUGACUACCUCAACAAACUCCCUCCAGGAGGACUCACAUCUGACCUCUCUGAAUCUGAAAAACAAAUCAAGAGAGAUGAGAGAAUGUCUCAGUAUUUUGGGGGGGAAAUUUUGUUGUUGUUUUUUUUUUUUAACUGAUUUCUAGUUUCUCUUAUUUUGAGGGACAAUUAAGUUUUUACUUUACUGUAGGAAAAACAGCACUUACAUUUUCUGGUCUUUACCACAAAUGAACCUGCAAAAUAAAUUAUGUGUCAGCCAUUAUAGGUGAUUAUAAGAGCCUGUUGAGGAUUCAUCCCAACGUACUCACAGAAUCACUGUAAUACUCAUCAGCAAGUGACUUGUUUAACAGGUUGAAAAUGUAAACGCCUGCAUGAAUGACUUUGAAAACCCUCUAAAAAAAACUCUCUAAAAUUGCACAAGCCAAAGAUGUUUGAAAAGUGUUAUUUUGUCUGUACAAUCUUCUUUUUUUUGUUUUUUUUUAAUCAAAACUUGGAAAAACUUGAAUGUUAUUCAGUUAGGCUGCACAGUCUAUGUUUCAAAUCACUCAGUUUAUCCUAACAAUGACAAGAACAUAUUGGAACAAUCAUUUAUUUUGCUGUAUUAUCCAAAUAUUCAAACACAUUUUCCUUUAAUACCAAUUUGAAAAUGUGUUUUCCUGUGGAAUGAGAAAGGAGUUCUACCAGAGAGAAAUCAAAUAUUACCACCACCCCUGCUGUUUGUCGAGGCAAGCCUGCUUGGCAUAUUCAUACAUUGUUCCAGUUACUAUUGGAGAACAAACUGCUGUACGACACGCUGCAGUUUGUGACUGAGAUGAACAGCAGGUUGAGAAUUUGGUAAGAAUAUCCGUAUGUUUGUGUACGUUUGAAUGUUUCUGUAAAGAUAAAUCUAUUUCAGAACAGUCUUACCAUGAUGCCAAAUCUUUAAAAAACAAAAGUGUAAUUAACACUGAUUACUGGAAUUCUGUUGCAUGAAAAACUUUCAAUAAAGUAAUCUGAUUGUCACAUUUUUA